UGUUCGAUGCUGUCGUCAUCAGAAAUUGGUUUUCAAUAAUGAGUACCGUGGAACGUGUUGAACAGCUAUUCAGUACCAAAUUGAAGUCACAAAAUAGCGUACAGCAAUUUGUUUUCAUUUUUGUAUAAUUAUUGUUACAAGAUAACUGGAACUUUGGACAACAGAAUGGUCAAAAUAAGAUUACUUAAGAGAAUGGAAAGGAUAGAAGAUGUGAUGGAGAAAGAGACUGCAUCGGAUCCUCAAGAAACAGAAGGGGAUACAAACCAGAACAAUGCCAACAUCAGUGAAGUGUCAACAAAUGGAUUAUGUUCAGAGGUGAAACAGAAUGGGCAUUUGAGUUCAAACGACAGUUUGAGUCAUGAAACAGAGAUUGUGGCGAACGGGGAAGUGGACGUAACAGCUAGCGGUGCUGCAGCAGCCACAAAUUCACCACCUUCAAUUGUCACAUGUCAUCCCAUCACAAACAAUGGCCCCAUUACAAAUCAAAGUACAUCUCCAAACAGUUUCUCUCCCAAUUCCAAACCCUCCCCACGGGGAUCUAGUCCACAGAAUUGUUCUAAUCAUAAUUCGGCAGCAAAUCACCAACAUGUGGUCCAUGUUCACAUCAGCCAAGGCGAAUCUUUCUCUGUUAGAGUGGGAGAACAAAUUCAACGCAUUCAAGGUAAGUCUAUAAUGGAUACAAACUAAAACUAGUCAGAAUUAAUGAAUAACUACUAUCAAUUUAGAUUUUAGGUAGUUAAUUUUGGUUUAUUGGUUGCAAAAUAAAUUUUACUUGUGAUGAGAAAGUGGAGUCCAUAAAACAUAUGUUUGGAAACCGUCAAACCAGUACCUGUAUUAACGACCUUAAAUCUAAAUACAAGUGUGUUAUUCUCAUUCUGAUGCAACUCUUCAUGAUAUGCUUCACAUAUAUACCUCUUCAUUCAUUGACCUACAGAUGUAAUACUGUAUAUGUAUUUACUUUAGUGUGUCUAAAAUUUGGUGCAAUUGAAACUGAUGUACUACUGCAUACAGGGUUAUUUUCGUCUCGUGUUAUUUUUGCCUUUCUGCUCUUGCUGAUGGUUUCUAUUGCUCUGUGCAAAUUCGCCGAGACACAGUUGUGUGCAAAGAAAGAUAAGAGAAAAAAAAAGACAAUUUUGCCCAGUCUUAAAUUUGCCCCCUGAUAACAAUUAAGGGCAAAGGGGAUGAAAAUAAAACGAGGGCAAAUAUUUCCCCAUAUACAGUUUAAAUUUUAUAUCAUCAUGAGUUGGCGUAAAUUUGCGCUCUUGCUUCCCUGCCGAAACUCUGAAAUCCAUAUGUAUGUCGCAAAAAGUUGACUGUUGGCGUUAUGGUUUUUAUGUCUUUCUACUAGGAUGUCACAAUCAAAAGCUUUUUGUGUUUAACCUUUCUCAAACCUUAGUGCAUUAGCUAACGAAAAUGCAGAUUAUGAAGCAGUUGCAUUAGAAUUCUUUCUCCACUUCAAAA